AGGAACCUGUCACGCGUGGCGGUCGCCAUCCUCGCGCUGGCGGUUAUCGAGUUCUGCUUGAUCGCGGCCCCGGAGCCCGAGGCGAAGGGGCCGCAGCCGGAGGCGGAGAACACGCUUCUCCUCCAGACUUUCACGGGCAAGGCGUCGAGCGGCCACGCCAUCCGGGACAGCGCCCGCCCGCCCGCCGUGGCUCUUUGCGUGCCCAUCUUCAUGUACCUGUCUGCGAAGAGCAGCAGCGCCAAGUCCGCCUCGAAGGCGGCGACAAAGGGCCCGCCGACGCCGCCCCUGCGGCCUCGGCGCGGCAGGGUCGGAGGCGGCAGCACCAGCGACAGCCCCCGCAGCGAGGAGAGUGCCCCCGCGGCGCCGCGGCAGCAGCCGCGGCAGGCGCGCGCGGCGCCGCCCAGCCGCCGACCCAUGCACGCGGAGGCGGCGCGCACAGGCGCCGCAGGAGCUCGCGCCGGCGCCGGCCCGAGCCACUUGCCUCCUGGACUCCAGCUGCCCGAACUGGACGUCGCGGUGGACUUCGGCGGCGCCGCGGAGGGCCCCCGGGUCGCGGACAGCGCGGCGCACGGCGCCCUCCUGAGGCUGCACGCGGCGGCCAAGGUCGGCGACGCGGCCGCGGCCGAGGCCAUCGCCUCCAACUUGAUGGCCAAGGGUUCGCAGAUGCCGGUGGUCGGAUACGGCGCGCUCAUCAGCGCAUACGCGAAGGCCGGGGACGCCAUGGGCGCGGAGCGCUGGCUGAACGAGCUCAUCCAGAUGGGCGUCGCGAAGCCCAACACCAUCUGCGUCAACAUCACGAUCAGCGCUCACGCGAAGAACGCAGGUGGGCGACUACCAGCGCGCCGAGCAGUGGCUGCUCAGGAUGCCGAAGCUAGGCGUCGAGUCCGACGCCAUGAGCUACAACGCCGUCAUCGACGCCUGCGCCCGUGCGGGCAACCCCGGCCGGGCGGAGAGGUGGCUGCAGACCAUGUGGGAGUCUUCUGUCAAGCCGAACGUCGUCAGCUACUGCUCGGUCAUCCACGCGUGCGGCAAGGCAGGGGACACGCCCCGGGCAGAGGCCUGGCUUGAGCGCAUGCGCACUGACGGGGUGGAGCCGAACGCGAUCUGCUACAACGCGG